UACUUGACAUGUAGUUUGCUCACUAUAAAUAUAGAACUAACUCGGAAGUAGCUAGUACAACUCACAUUAUUGAUUAUAAAGAAGGUUUGAACACUUUCUUGUCUUCAUUUAGUUUAAUUACAACAGCAAACAUGUCCGAGCCAAGCUUUCCUGUGCCGACGUCGUUUCAAGUGUCCAAUGAUGGUAGCCAAGUGGAAGAGAAGAAAACAGGUUACCUCAACUAUGAAGUAGAGCCUGGCUUCACCAUUCGUCUGCGUCAGAAUAUCGACCCUGCUAUGGACCCGAAGAAGCUCAAACGCAUAGUUUCGAACCGUGUUGCAGCUCAGAAGUCAAGGUGGAAGAAGCUUCAGUAUGUUGAUGAUCUAGUGAAGAAAUCGAGGGACCUCAAUUGGCAGGUGAGUAUGCUGCGUUCCCAAGUAGAGAUGGCGAGUGAGCAGAAGCAAUGUCUCGAACGUGAGAAAAUGGAGCUUAAGGAGUGCAUGGCUGGUUGGAUUCAACGCUUUAUCUCCGAUCAAGGAGAGAUUGAGGCCAACACAGCGGAGAUAGAGAGGCUGAAGAAGAAAAUGGCUCAUAUGAUUUGAUCACCCCAUGCACUUUCUUAUCUCUAGAACCACCCAAAUUUCAUGUGUUUCAUUUUACAGAAUGUUCCUUUUGUCAAGUCAGUAAGCAAUAUACAUUAGUUUGAAUGGUUAUCAUUUCUGUUUCGAUGUAUCUUCUUCCGUUAUAAGAAUUGUUAAACAAAA